UGGGGGGCUCAUGAUGUCCAGGUCAUGGUCCUCUAGAGUUUUUGAAUCAAUUAAAGCAAAUAAUGCUCUCUGUUUUCCACCAGGCCCAGACGAGCGAUUGGCCAAGGCCGGUCCCGUGACCACGAAUUCCCUGCAAUUUUGCUGGAGUCCUGGGUUUUAUAGACAGAGUCCCCAUACGCUUGUAUUUAUCAGCAAUAUACAAUUAUAAAGGCCCAAAUUUAAAAAAAAGAGAGAGAGAUCAAAAUCGUCCCUUCCCAAAAUCGCUCCAUCACACAAACCUGGGGGGGGCAGGAGGGGGGGUCCCUUCCGAUCCUCCCUCCUGACGCCCCCCCCAACAGGCCCCCUCCCCCACCAUUGAAAGCCAUGAAUUUUGAAUUUGAGAGGGAGAUUGGGUUUAUAAACAGCCAGCCAUCGCUCGCCGAGUGUCUGACUUCCUUCCCCGCUGUCUUGGAGACAUUUCAAACUUCAUCAAUCAAGGAGUCGACAUUAAUUCCUUCUCCUCCUCCUUUCGAGCAAACCUUCCCCAGCCUCCAGCCCGGCGCCUCCACCCUUCAGAGACCCGGGAGCCAAAAGCGAGCCGAAGAUGGGCCGGCUCUGCCGCCGCCUCCGCCGCCGCUCCCGGCCACCCCCCUGGCCCCCGAGUUCCCCUGGAUGAAAGAGAAGAAAUCCACCAAGAAACCCAGCCAAUCCGCCACGUCUCCCACGGCCGCCUUCUCCGUCCUGGCCUCCGGGGUCGGAUCGCCCGCAGAUGGGCCGGGACUGCCGGAGGCCGCGGGCGGCGGCGCGCGCAGACUGCGCACCGCUUACACCAACACGCAGCUGCUGGAGCUGGAGAAGGAAUUCCACUUUAACAAGUACCUGUGCCGGCCGCGCCGCGUGGAGAUCGCCGCCUUGCUGGACCUCACCGAGAGGCAGGUCAAAGUGUGGUUCCAGAACCGGCGCAUGAAGCACAAGCGGCAGACGCAGCACCGAGAGCCGCCCGACGGCGGGCCGGCCUGCCCCGGUGCCCCGAAGAAAGCUGGCGAGGCCUCCGAGGAGCCCUUGGCCAGCCCGGGCCGCCCCUCCGUCUCGCGGGCGGCGCGGGAAGCCUGCUGUCAACCUCCUGAGGUCGCACCGGGGCCCCUGGGAGCGCCGGGCCUCCGGCCUUUGGCCGCUCGCGUGGAGGGCGCGGGCGCACGGAGCCCGGGCGGCGCGCUGCGCGGGGCCGGCGGGCUGGAGCCGGAGCGCUUGCCGGAAGACGCCUUCUCCGAGAGGCCCUAUUCGCCUUUCCUACCCGACCUCAGCUUCUUCGCGGCCGACUCCUGUCUCCAGUUGUCGGGAGGCCUCUCCCCCAGCCUCUCGCUCGACAGCCCGGUUCCCUUUUCCGAGGAAGAGCUGGACUUCUUCACCAGCACCCUCUGUGCCAUCGACCUGCAGUUCCCUUAACAACCCGCUUCCUCCUCCCGGCCCUCGACCCCUGCCCCCCUUGGCUGCCUGCGGGAAGCCCGAGGACCCCCACCCCCAAGCCGUAUAGACUUCUUUACGUGUUUUGCUAAAAUUCAGGUAUUAUUGAAUUAGCGUCUCAUCCACUUCCUUUCUUCUCUUUCUAAAAUAUUGGGCACACGGGUGUCUUUAACGAAAAAAUCACAGUCACACAGAAAAAAAUUCCGUUUGGUAAGAGUCCUUCCAACGAAAUCUCAGGAAUAAUUAAACUCUAGGGGGGCUUUCCUAAAAAGAGCUAGAGGAACCUAGUUUCCUCUUUUUUUUUUUUUUGUUUAGACCGUAGAUUAUUUAUUAAAAUUCUUUAAUAAUAGGAAGAGGGGAAAGUAUUUAUUGUACAUUAUUUUCAUAGAUUAAAUAAAUGUCUUUAUAAUACAAAAAC